GGAUCGACGCGGAUGCAUGCACGACCCCAUUCAUUGACCCGUGACAGUUACCGUGCAACCAAAUGACGCAGMGCAACAAAGGUUUGCUGCGAAAGGAUCGGCGCCGUAAUGCAACACCGUCGUCGAGGGGCCAAAAUGCUUUUGCGUCCCAGGCGUCGACGCCGACGCCGACGCUUCCCUCGUGCCCCCUGCCACCGGCGGCGGUCUUCGCGGUCUUCUUCCUGGCGGUGCAGCUCGUGGCCCUGAACAUCGGGGUGAUCCUGUUCGAGGGGAAAGGUGCCGGGAACGCUUUCUCCCGGUCGGGCGCGAUCCCGUCGAAACGAGAUUUUCUGGCCCGGACGCAGACGCAGCAACAGCAACGGCAACGGCGGGCGGGGCGGGAAGCCCCCGACGGAAGCUUCAACGGGCACCCGAUCUACCACCGAACGCRAAAGGACGUCGAAACCUUUGUGCACUGCGUGGGCGAAAACUACCAAGAGAGACUCUCGUGGAAGAAGAAAUCGUGCGAAUUCAAAAACUAUUUUUGCUUCGAUGCGGCCACGAAGAACUAUGUGGUCUUCGACGCGCCGGAAAACAAAGCGAUCUACGAGCACAGAGAYCGCCAUCCCUUGCUGGAUUUUUCUCAGUCCUACCUGAAGAUGGCGCCGUCGGAGCCGAACAGUGUUUCCCUGGGAGGAAUCAACACCAAGUGGGGGAAGGAUACGCAUCGUCUCGAAUGGUCCCCGGAGAUUCGAACGAUGAAUGCCGACGAGUCCUUGUCGUAUUACGAACUUCCAUCGAGUGUCGUCAUGAUUCCCUUCCACUCUAUGAAUGGGAGCAACCCCGGGCAUUUGGUCUGGGACGACUUCUUGCCCAUAUUCACGCUUCUCAGCAUGUUCCAACUGAAGGAGAAAUCCAAGGAAUUGAUGCUGAUGCGGUAUAUUCUGAAAGGCAACGGGGACUCAAAAGACGGCGRGGGUUCCCGCGGGCUGUGGGCAUCGUGCGACUGGACCGAUGAAAAGAAAGAAGCGUGCCGGAAGAUGUACAAGAAAUUCCUUCCGCUGAUGCUUGGGGCGGACCCGGUUCGAGAGGAUCCCGUCACGACCGAGGAAUUCGACUUUCGGCCUUCGAGCGAUGCCGGCAAGAGCUCGACGACACUGGUUUGCGCAAGCCACGGGCUGGCGGGGAUCGGUGCGCUGACCGACCACGGGACGGAAAAGACCCACGGCUGGGACCAGAGCGACUACCAACUCACCCAGAACCACGGCAGGGGUGGCACGAUAUACGAAUUCCGCAAUUUUAUGCUGAGAAACAUGGGCAUCCCGGUGGAAUCGCACCAAGAACCCCCSUUUCGGGUCGUCUUUUCCGAGAGCAGCUCCAGCAGAGAUACUCGCAAUUUCGACUUUAAGAAGCAAAAGGAGUUUCUGAAACAGAAUUUUCACCCAUCCUACGUCUCGGUCGAGUCUUACGUAUUKAGCGACCUGUCCCUGGCGGAACAGCUCGAAAUAUCGAGCCAGGCAUCUAUUUUUAUUACGUCWUGCGGUGGUGGGGCAGUGUCGGCCAUGUUCAUGCCCCGGGGAUCCAGUGUCAUAAUGUACUAUGUAGAAAAUGGUGGUAUUGUCAACAACAAACCAACGGGCACGCCCGCAAGACUGGAUUGGGACCUCUUCAACAACAUGGCCUAUCUCAAGGUGCAUUGGCUUCCUUCCUCUACUAUGAACACUGAUGCCGAUACCAACGCUCUCUUUCUGUUGAUCCAACACGAACUGGAAGGGUUAAUACGAGAAAAGAGCUACGACCAUUUCUUCAACUAGCGGCCAUCUUUCCGAGAGUGGCUGGAAGAUCGAAGAGUACUUGCUCUGUAYUUCGUACGAGUACUGGKCACURGUACUACUGUUCGAAUGUUUGGAGCUCUCACCAGCAACAAUUGGUGCUAGSUAUGAGCAGGACAUUGGAUGCAGAACCUUUGSCCAUGCCAAUGUGAAACUAUCGUCCAGGGGAUUACUACUACCGUMAGAAUAACAGCACGUUGUUUUCAUUCUUGAAAUAUGGUGGGAUGUCCGAUCUAGAAGUACCAACUAGAACAAGCAGGAGCGACACGAGUGACAGUCGUCGUGACAUCUAGACAACGAACUAGUUAGUAGAUGCAUGAAGCCUCUUCUUUCGAGAGGAGGAACACGCAUAAGAACGUCAUUGACGAAGAAACUUCUUCUUCUUGUCGUCGAGGUUGUUCUACCAGCAUCCACCAGCCUAGAAGCAUCGGUAACCAGCACUAACACUAGAACUACUAUUAUAGUAGCAGAUGUACUAGCUUUUUCUAUUUUGUUAUUCCGGUAAUUUCGAGUUGGCCCUUUGGUGGGGGCAAAGAUACGAAGUACCCYAAUGCUAUCGAACAAACUAGUGGGAAGUAAGAAUAAGAAAAGUUCAGGCACGACGAUGUGCGACAAAAAUWAGACUCCUUCGAUUGAAUCGUAGCUACCAUCCAUGAUUCAAUUCAAUCAGUCCCUGAUUGACUCAUCGGGGGCUGCGCAAACCGAAGUGGAGAAAAAACGCACGUUCCGUUGAUUCGAUUCUCCUUCUUCUAGUCCUUGUCCAUCAAAACUUGAAAACAGACGACUUAGCUGAUGGACCCAUCAAACGUACGUAACUACAAUUCCAUAAAAUUUUUGAGUCGCAUCCAAACCUUGCACAGGAAUGCGUUGAUGUACAUCGRGAUUGAGAUGUCGUAUCUCAAGAAAAUGUACAAGUCACGCGACAAUGUAGCUCGUCGACGCCACCAUUGYGCCUCGUUCUCGGUGGCUGCAACUACCGCCGUAGUUUGCAUGCUCUUCCUGGUGUCGGUGCAACGAAUCUCSUCCUUCCCGCUGAUUUCUUUGAAAAGACAAGUCGGGAGUCGGAGGGCGUUUUUGUUGCCGCACAGAUCGACGUCGACGGACGGAGGUGCAGAGGCAAACGUCGAAGAUGCUGUCAGACUGGGAAGAUCUGAAUUCGAGAAGUACUUUGACUUYCCUCUCGAUGAUUGGCAAUUGCAAGCCGGCGGGUCUAUCUUGUUGGGACACAAUGUUAUUGUGUGUGCACCAACCGGUUCCGGAAAAACGGUGGUAGGCGAAAUGGCACUUCACGCUGCUUUUGAUCGAGAUCUCGAUGGCAUAUACACGACUCCACUCAAGGCUCUUUCGAACCAAAAGUUUUCUGARCUGAGACAAAUAUUUGGCAACGUGAACGUUGGUUUGUCCACUGGCGAUAUUUCGAUCAACAGAGAUGCUGCUCGGUUGACCGUCAUGACAACAGAAGUGUACCGAAACAUCGCUUGGAGAUCGAGCAGCUUAGAACAACAAGAUAGUGAGCUUCMGAAGGAAAUAGGGGACGAUGAGGGGGAUUCAGGUAGUAACGACCUUCGGAAAAACUCUGUUGUAGUCUUGGAUGAAUUUCAUUACAUGGGACAGCCUGGGAGGGGUGGUAAGAAAAUACUUGUUUUAUAUUGUUUAAUAUUCGUCACAUCCACAMAUGCAUUGACUUGACACUGAAUAUCUAUUUGUGCUUUUGACGCUGAAACAAMCCUUUGCUAGGAGUUUGGGAAGAAUGUGUCAUUACGUCGCCUUCGCAUACACAAAUUAUUGGUCUGUCGGCAACAUUAUCAAACGCGAAAGAAUUAGCUGAUUGGAUGACCACUGUCACUGGAAGACAUACUGAAUUGAUUGAAGCGCCCGGUGCAAGACCUGUGCCUCUGAAAUACCUGUUUGCAACGCGAGAGGGUAUUUUUCCAUUGUUUAAAAACCCUGAUGCAGGUCCUGGRUCCCCAUUGGGUCUGUUAGGAUAUAGGGGUGAUGGAGUCCCAUCUUCAACAGGCAAAGCCAACAGUAAACAACGACAAAAUGCUUUAUCGGAUACAGAUGACGAUGCGUUUCCAACCAUCAAGAAGCUUCCAAAAGGYCUGAGAAUAAAUCCCGCUUUAGGUGCACUGGCACAAAGGAGGGUACAAAAAGUAAAUCGAAUGUUGGAAAGACAGAAGGAAAACCAAAGAASUAGAAGAGAAGAUUUCGAUAGGACCGACUGGUACGGCGAAAGAAGAGGCCGCGGCCGUGGUCGUGGUCGAGGUCGCGGCCGUGCUCGCAAUGACGACGACGACUCUUUUUAUASAUCAGAAUUCACUAAUCGAAUGGUGAGGAAAGAGCGAGAACGAUUAACGAAGAAGGAAAUGAGAAAAGCAGUGCCCUCUUUACCAAUUCUGCUGACGCGAUUGAAAGAAAAGAAUUUGCUUCCAGCAAUAUUCUUCAUUUUUUCAAGGGCCGGCUGCGACCAGGCAGCUGAAACGAUUUGCAAUUCAUAUAAGGGACCACGAGACCCAAACUUUGAUCUUGACUUCGACGAUGACUUCAAGAAAWCACGGCAAAAGGGAAGGUACGGGAAAAAACAGAGUGGUCCAGCGAAUCAAAGGCGAAGAAACAAGAGUGUUGGUAGAAAAGAUGCCAACGGUGACGUCAUAUUAGAAGAUAAUGAGGGGAGAUCCUUCCGAUUGAGUAGCAACAACAUCGAUGAAAAUGCUUUCAAUUCGGUGCUAGAUGCCAACAGCGAUCUCUCGGACGAAUACUUCUCUACGUCUGAAUCCCCACUCUCUUCUGAGAAUUGGARGUUUUACGCCUCUGCUGGCUUGCUCAAUUUCGAUGAAGUCCGAGAAGUGGCGAAACGAGUAGCUCAAUUCAAUGAGGAAAACGAAGAAAUCGCGUUGGCUGACAACGUUGUCGAGCAACUGUUAUUCGGACUCGGCUGUCACCAUGCCGGAAUGCUCCCUGCACACAAAAUGCUUGUUGAGAGGUAAAUUCGUCCUUUUUUGUUUGUUCCGUCUAAACUGGAAAUCUAUUGAUUCUCUUGYCACGAAACUUACUAUUUGUCGGAAUCGACGUUUGUGUUCAAUCUAUUGUUUYAUUCCAAAUUGAUUAGCCUCUUCCGCCUGAACCUAAUGAAAGCUGUCUUCGCCACGGAGGUGAGYUCAAAAACUUUUGUGACAGUGUGAAUGUUGUUWCCGUUCUUUUUUUAUGMACYGUCAUCAAACUCACAAAACAUUACUUUCUGAUACGAACAAUUCUUGAUGCCCAAUUGACAACAUUGUGAAAGACGUUGAGUGCGGGAAUCAAUAUGCCUGCAAGAACGACGGUAAUUUGCUCCCUAGCGAAAAGAGGAGGGGGUGGUUCCAUGGCAGUCCUUGAAACAUCGAAUUUACUUCAAAUGGCAGGGAGAGCAGGAAGGAGGGGAAUGGAUACCACAGGAACAUGUGUUAUUGUCGCAACUCCGUUCGAAGGCGAGGACGUCGCAGGAAAGGUUCUAACAGAUCCGAUCAAACCGAUUUUUUCRCAGUUCCGUCCAUCGUAUUCCCUUGGCGUGAACUUGAUUUCGAGGGGAAAUGGGAAGCUCGACGUGGCGAAGCAACUCGUCAGCAAGAGCUUUGCGAAUUGGGGCAGGUUGCAGAUGGAGGAAGCUCUGAAUGGCUCAUCGAAAGCCAACGAACUUGCAGAGGUCCUGGUCAACGUCGCAGAAGAAAAAUUUGUGAAUACGUUGGUUCGUGUGUUUGACCGCAUUGUCCAAAGCAGAAGUGCUAAGUUCGACACCGCGCUCUUGACCUAYUUGGCAGACAUUUUCAAGGAUCGCGAGCUCCUGAAGAAAUCGUCUAAAAACUUUGAGGCCGCAAAGCUGGCGUUUGAAUUGGAAACAACCACUAUGGGUUGCCUCGAAAUGGAAAUGAAAGAUUCCUUUGGCGACGGAACAAGUCUUUUUGACGAAGACGAGCUUCUGCAGCAGGUAGAGGAACAAAAGGGGCGAGUAGAGCAAGCUAAGAAAAGCCUGAAGCGACAUCCUUUUACAUCAGUUGUGAAGUUCACGAAUGAKCUGUUGAGUGAGGAAUCUACAGAGAGCGAUGAAUUGCUUACAGCACUCCAUAAUAUCGAAGGAAUGGGAGACAGUUCGAUUAUUGAUGCCGAAGAUAUUGCCAGGUUUGCCAAGUCUACCGUUGUGGUAAAACGAAAGCUAAGGAAAAUUGCCAGAUCCAACCCCGACAUGGACCCAGAGGUGCUGCUUCUUUUGGAAACACARAAAGCGAUGGAGGAGGUCGAGGAUUCUGCUUGGAAAGAAAUGCUAGCUAUCACCAAGGUUAUGAUUGCGUAUGGUUGUAUAACUCCCGUUUCGGGCGCCAGAAAAGAAUACUCCGAUACAGAUCUAGAGAACGAAACAUUCGAAGUCACCCCAGCGGGCACCGACGUUGGCAUGCUGAGCUUCGAGAAUUCUUUGUGGUGCWUCAUGGCAAUGGGUGGGACGUUUGAUGUUACGAAUGCGUCUGCCAAGUUCGAUAAGAUGAAAGAAUCCAUGGAAUUGUUCGAUUACGACGACGAAGACAGCGAUGCGUCCGAUCGAGAUGCUGCAGCAGAAGCAGACGAUAGUGCACCGUCCAAGUCGCAGCAGGAGGCAGAAACAUUGCUGUACCACCUGCGGGAAUUGUCUCCGGGUGAGAUGGCCGGGUACGUGAGCUGUCUCGUAACGGGCGAUACCGGUCGGAGAGGCCGCGGCGGGGACUCGAUCGGUGUGUUCAAGCGCCUGGGACCCCGUCUGCAGCGAUCGAUCCAGGUCCUCCUCGACGGGACGGAACGCUUCCUGGACGUGCAGAGGCAGUACUUCCCAGACGAUACCAAGGUCCUCGGCUGCCAGUUCGAUCUGUCCCACGCCGAGGUGGUCGAGGCAUGGGCGAACGGCUGCACCUGGAGCGAGGCGCUGGAGAUUUCCGGGGUGGCCCCCGGCGAYCUGACCCGCAUCAUAGGGCGGGCAACCGACGCGGUCCGGCAGUUCGGGGCCCUCCCCUUCCACGCCGUCCGCAAGAACGACCUGGAAGGAGGAGCCGGGGCCGUCGUCGACCCCUACCACCGCGGGAUCCACCCCGAGGUGCGAAAGCUCUGCCGCGAGGCCGUCGCGCAGAUGAACCGGUACCCGGUGAAGGAUCCCCUCCCGUUCGACGACACCGAGGAAGACCCCGAGUUUUCCGACGAGGACGUCGUUGAAGAAGAAGAAGAAGGCCCUGCAAGCGUGGACGGAACCGAAACCGACGGCACGACGACCGACAGCGACGAAGCAGUAUGAUUGUUCGUUAGAAGCGAGGCUUGGCCAGCUACUGUAUCGAGACCGGUGUUUUGAAGUAGAGACAGAGAGGUGGCAUUAUUAUUCUAGUUGAAUGAAAUUGUCUCUUUUUC